AUGUCAGCCCAACCGCCGCCGCCGCUGGACUUCUCCGCCGUCCUAUCCGAAUCGAAGCGCAUAAUCAACGCCCACUCCCGCCACUUCCUCGCCCUCUCCGUCCUAUUCCUCCUCCCACUCUCCUUCUCCGUCACCGUCUUCUCCACCGUCCACAACCUCCUCCUCCACCGCCAUCCCUCCGGCCACCGCCCAGAAUCCCUUCUCUCCCGCCCGUCGCCGCUCCUCCCCAGCCUAGCCCAGUUGGACUCCCAAUCCUCCGAUCAGUUCCCUUUCCCCCACCACCACCACCACGACGAUGAUUUCCAACUCCCAAUCGAAACCCUAGCCCUCGUCGCCGGCUUCGCCCUCUUCUUCUUCGUCUUCACAAUCCUCGCAAUCGGAUCCAUAAGUUACAGCGUCGUCCACGGAUUCUACGGCCGACCCGUCAAGCUCGUCUCCGCCAUCAAAUCCGGGUUCAAUUCCUUCUUCCGACUCUCCAUCACCCACAUCGUCGUCAAGCUCCUGCUCUCCCUGGUGGCGCUCCUCUUCCUCUGCUCGUUCUACUUCGUAAUCAAGGGUCUGGAAUUGGUGUGCCUCGAAAUCGACCCCGAUUCGCCCUACUUCCUCGCUCUUGCCGUCGUCUACUCCGUCGUCCUGCUCGCGGUGAUCCUCUAUUUCAAACUCAAUUGGUCCCUCUCUUCCGUCAUCGUCGUGGCAGAAUCUAGCUGGGGAGUUUGGGCAUUGAGGCGCAGCGGGUAUUUGGUGAAAGGGAUGCGGCGAGCGGUUCUCUAUUUCUUUCUCUUGUUUGGACUUGCCUCCGGGAUUUUGACUUGGACCAGCUCGAUUGCAGCGGCGAAAUGGGGCGGCGGCGACGCCAUUGGCGGGAAUCAAGGAUGGGAUAGCUGGUUCUUUGUGGCUCAGAUUGUGGUGACUUCGGCUCUUUUGACUCUGAUUCUGCUCUACUUCUUCGCUGCACAGACGGUUCUGUAUAUGUACUGCAAGGCUGUUCGCGGGGAGCUUGCUUCAGAGAUUGCGCAGGAAUUCGCGAGGGAGUACGUAUGCUUGCCUUUCGAUGAUGAGAAGGUGCCUCAUCUUGUUUCUGUUGUCUGCACUUGA